AUUUUACCGGCACAACCCCGUCAAUGCCACGCUAAAAUAGCUACAAGUAGAUUGCUAUAAAUAGGCCACAAUGGGACGGAAUGAUCUUUUUAACAAUCUUAAAAGAUAAAAAUACGGACUUAGAAGCUAUAUAAAAUGUAUAAAGAUUAGGGACCCCGUGCGGCCAUUGCCGUAGAACAAAAAUCGCAAACAUCGUUCCAGCCAAGCAGCUUCAAACCUUUGAUCCAUAUGGCCCCUAGUAUCCACAAUCAAGGUAGAGUUUACCCAUGGAGUACCUCUCGUGUCCACAGUCCACUGUCAAAAUAGAGUUCUGAACUACGAUGAUCACACAGGAGGAUGGUGACGUUGGGAAAAUCGCAACAGGGGAGUUAAUUGCAUAUAUUGAACUCUUGCACCACAUUCUCAUCGCCAUCGGUCUUCGACCUUCGUCUUUCUUUUUUCGAAAUUCAUCUUCUAAUUGAUCCUACUUCCACCACCUCAAUCAAUCUUUUUUGCAAACUCCUUCAUCUCGACUUAUCUUUUUGUUCUUGGAUCUUCUCAUUCUUACAUAAUUCAAUAUGCUUUUCAACAUCCUUACCGUCGCUACCCUUCUCUCAGCAGUAUCCGCGUCUCCAGUUCCUGUUCCUCAAGUGGAAAUUGCCCCAGUUUACGCUUUUGAUAUCACAAAUUGGCAUGCGGGAUGCCAAAGAGAAUGCUUUUACGGUUGGUGACAUUUGGAGAAAAUUGGCGUCGCAUACUAACGAUAUUUUCAGGCUUUAACAUCACCGGAAACACAUUCGGCCAAUACCCAACCAUACCCGCGUUCUCUGCCGAGUGCCUCGGAGAAAAAGAAGGUGCUGAUUACCGCAAAUGUACAUUCAACGAUGGCGGAUCUGAAAACCGAACUCUCGUUGCCAAAUUGUUACCCGUCAAUCAAACCGGAACUGGCGCUCACCUCCAAGUCAGCUACGGGUGGACCGAUUCAGAGCAAGCGUGAGUACUUUUCGAUUUUUUGUGGUUGGAGAUUUGAAGCUUAUGAUUCUUAGACACACCUACUACAACUAUACUGGCUAUGCAAACCCAAAAUAUAAUGCUGCCGCAGCACCAAAUGCGAACUUCACCAUCAUUCCCCAAGAGAUGUUCGGCGUUGGAGGAGGGGAACCUCCAGUGGCAUAG